AUGAUUGCCGCGCAUCUUCUCGAGCACGCGGCUCUCGGAUUCGCGUUCGCCGUUCUCUCACUUUUUGUCCUCGCUUUCGCCGUCGUCGCCGUCGUGCUGCUGACCAUCUCUCACUCCUGUUGGUACCGCUGCGGUUCGUUUUUUCUCCGAAACGCGUUCCUCGAGCGUUAGAAAGCUAUGAGCAAUAUAUCCAUUCAUUCCACAGUUAAUUGAGUUGGCUAAUAUGAGAAUGACUCAGAUGGUGACGGCGACCCUUUGAUGGAAGAUUACAACGCGUUUUUCGUCGAUGAUAGUGACGUUAUCGUAUGUGAGCCCAUCGAAACAGUUAUCGGAUCCACACCAAAGUAUGCUGAUAUUGUCUAG